GAUCCAUUGAAAAUAAGCUGAUCGAAUUUCAAUUGCGAGGUGUUAACAUAACCGAAUGUGUAUAAAAUGGUUUCUUUGAUUGAUAUACAACUUAAUCAGUGUUGAAAAAUGGAAAAUAAAUAAUAACUGAUUAAACAAACAUUAUUUAUCAUGUACCUGCACAUGGAAAAGCCGAUCAUAGUUCGGUACGGUGAACCGAAGACUCCUGUAAAGAUCCAAGACGAUCUGGAGACGAAUGUAUCGGUCCAUAACAGUCCGAGGUUGCAGACUCCUGAUAAAGAUUUGGUUUUCAAGUAUCUUUGCCGACUACAGGACGGUCUUAAAGUCAAGCCAGACGAGGCAACGGCUGCGUUAAAGCAGUACAGACAGAUUCAAGGAGAAAUAGGCCGUCUUCAAAGUACCAUUAUUAGACCUUCGAGAUAUCCGAGAAUGACUUCCAGUUUGUACAUGCAAGAAAAGAAUUUCAAGGAACGCACUCAAAAAAUAAUAGAAACAAAGGAGAAAGAGAUAGUUGAGCUGAAGCAAAAGGUCGCCCAGCUGUCACUCAGGUUAAGUGCCCUUGUUGGUACACAGGUUACAGAACCCAGUGACACCAAAAGUGAUUUAACUGAUGACAUGAAGCCCAUCCGAUUGGCCGAGGAUUAUAGAUCUAUCUAUGACAAUGAAUGGCAGGAAGCCUUUGAAGAAUUGAAAGUCAACACGGAAGAAGCAAAGGUUCUUGUGUACCUCGGAAAGGUCACAUGGGUCGCAUUCGAGUUCGCAAAGGAUAUGGCAGAGCAACAGAUCGAAGAUCUGAUGAAAAAAGAAAUGGAAAUCAUUAGGAUCAUGUCUAAACCAUCUUAUGAGGAAAAGGAGAGGCGGAGGCCUAUUGUAUCUGAUGGUAUUUCUCCUCGAAAGUUCGAAAGGGACGAAACAUUGCAGCUUUUGAUGAAUUACCGAAGAUGUCUCGCACGAACAUCGGUACCUGGAGUCAAACAAAUUUUUAUGACGCUGAUGACGCGCACUCCUCCUGAAACUGGUGGAACGAUCACAGACAGUGUCCGGCGAUAUAUCUUGAAAACAAUAGAGUAUACGUAUCUCAUGUGUAUUCAGGAUCCACCGAUGCAUCUCGAAUGGGUUCGUUUCGGAGACACCCUAGAUCGCGAGAAGUUCAAGCCGUUCAGUGGACAGGGUACGAAAGUGGUCGGAACGGUGUGGCCGGUUGUUCUACAGUACCAGGGAGGUCCCGUCAUGAGCCGAGGGGUAGCUGAUGUCGUGUUUGGAGACAUAGUGGUCCCCAAGGCUACCGGUUUCACACGAUACACGCGCUACAAUUAAGCGUUAUGACAUACCGUAUGCUUGACUGACAGUGAAUUUAUACAUGUGACACCAUAUCAUCGGCAAUCAUAAAGUCUUUAACAAAACUUGAAAAUGUGAAGUCCAGGAGCGGUGCCAGUGGAGAUAUUAAUUUUAUAUUCAAUUAUUAGUUAUUAACCCCUAAUGCUUGAUAUUUAACGUUCGUAAGCGGUGUCAUUAGCUGCAAUUAUUGUAAUAUUGUAUGAUGUGUUGUGUGAAUUAUCCUGCAUUGGAAAGUUAAUUGUCACUUGCCUGAAA